AACCAAUCUACCAGCGGUUCUUUCCUUGAAAAUUUUCAACAUGGCUGCAGUGCUGGCGGUGAAUGGUUGUGCAGAAGUAGAAAAUUUGCUACAAUUUUGCAAUAUUUCGAAAGAAAGGAUUCGUGUGGAGGAGCAAAAAGAGUUCACCUCACCUAAGGAGCCAACUUUGACCUUUAGUUCAGGCGAGACAGUAACUGGUAUGCGAACAGUAGGGGCAUAUCUCUUCAGAAUAUCACCUCGAAAACUUCUUGGAGGGUCAGCUCUGGAGAGAGCUCUAGUAGAUCAGUGGAUGGAAUACUGUCAGUCACAUUUGGAAUCUUCUCUGCAGGAUGGAACUCUUAUCAAAGGGGAAUUAAGAUAUUUGGAUAAAUCUCUGUCUAGAACAGUAUAUCUGGUGGGCUGUCAGUUAACACUAGCUGAUAUCAUGUUGUAUUAUGCACUUCAUCCUCUAAUGCUGGAGCUUAGCGUCCAAGAAAAGGAACAAUUUAUUAACCUUUCAAGAUGGUUUAAUCAGGUGCAGUAUUACCCUGGAGUCCGACAAUAUUUGCCUGAAGUAUCAUUUCUACGCAACAUGCUCUACAGUUGACAUUGUGGUACAUCAUUUGAUUAUAUGAACUAAUAUAAUAUUUUACUGCUAAGACGUAUGACCUAACUCCCAAAUGUGUUGCCAAUUAUGAAUAAAUAAAUUUAUUACUUAUUCUGUCUUUGAAUGCAAUGCUAUUUUGUUUAUUACAGUAGAACUGUAGAAUGAGAAAAAAAAAAUGAGUCAAACCCAUCAACAUUAUUUUUUUUGUUUACUUUUAUUGGCAUAGUUCUUUGUGUAGUGUUUUUUUUGUCAUAAGUUAUAAAGAACAAGUUUUGAUACUACCACUCUUGCAGGCUGAAUAAAAUAUGUAUUUACUUCCA